AGUAGCCCGUGCGCGCUGGAAGUAUCAGAGGAGCCCCCUCCGCCCGGGCGCGCCAAGAGCACGGGGGUUAAAAUGAAUGAAGACCUGAAGGUCAAUGCAAGCGCACUGCCUCGAGAGCACCUGGAAGUCGGCCCGGCGGAGAACGCCUCGGCCGCCGUCUCCUCGCAGACGCCAUCGGUGGAGCCCGAGCCCGAGCUCGUGGUGAACCCCUGGGACAUCGUGCUGUGCGCCUCCGGGACCCUCAUCUCCUGUGAGAACGCCGUCGUGGUCUUGAUCAUCUUCCACAACCCCAGCCUGCGCGCGCCCAUGUUCCUGCUCAUCGGUAGCCUGGCCCUGGCCGAUCUGCUGGCGGGCAUCGGGCUGGUCAUCAACUUCGCGUUCGCCUACCUGCUCCAGUCAGAGGCCACCAAGCUGGUCACAGUGGGACUCAUAGUCGCCUCAUUCUCGGCCUCCGUCUGCAGCCUGCUGGCCAUCACGGUGGACCGCUACCUCUCGCUGUACUACGCGCUGACCUACAACUCGGAACGGACGGUCACGUUCACCUAUGCCAUGCUCGUCCUGCUCUGGGGGACGUCCAUCUGCCUGGGACUGCUGCCCGUGUUGGGCUGGAACUGCCUGCAGGACGAGGCCACGUGCAGCGUGGUCAGGCCGCUCACCAAGAACAACGCCGCCAUCCUCUCCAUCUCCUUCCUCUUCAUGUUCGCGCUCAUGCUCCAGCUCUACAUUCAAAUCUGCAAGAUCGUCAUGAGGCACGCCCAUCAGAUCGCCCUGCAGCACCACUUCCUGGCCACGUCGCACUACGUGACCACCCGGAAGGGGGUGUCCACCCUGGCCAUCAUCCUGGGGACCUUUGCGGCCUGCUGGAUGCCUUUCACCCUCUAUUCGUUGAUCGCGGACUACACCUACCCCUCCAUUUACACCUACGCCACCCUCCUGCCCGCCACCUACAACUCCAUCAUCAACCCGGUCAUCUAUGCCUUCAGGAACCAGGAGAUCCAAAAAGCGCUCUGCCUGAUCUGCUGUGGCUGCGUCCCGUCCAGCGUCUCGCAGAGAGCGCGGUCGCCCAGCGACGUGUAG